GGUAAAUGAUAUCAACGAAUCGUCUUACAAUCUUUGCAAGCCAGCUUCACCUCCUUCAUAGCGACCUGUCAUAAUGUCUGAUAGACAGAUCAAAGCUCGUUUCCUCGAGAUCCUCAACCCAUCAUCAACAUCGACGUCCACAACUCAUCAGAGCUCGGCACGGAUAAAGACGUCGUCCGAUAUCUCUGAUCAAGCUAAACGGCUACGCCGACUCGUGCUUACCGCUGGGAUACCCGAUGAGCCCAACUUGCCCCCAUCUCAACCAUCUAUAAGAGCCCGGGUCUGGAAACUCCUCUUACACGUUGAUCACCUCGAUUCGGCCGACUACUUACGGCUUGUAGAUAAAGGUCCAUCUGGAGUUAGUACGAAAAUCAAGAACGAUACAUUCCGGACCCUAGCAACAGAUACCGACUUCAAAGGAAAAGUACGGGAAGACAUGUUGAUCAGGCUCUUGGAGGCUUUCGUCUGGAGGUCUCAAGAAAAAGCGCUUGAGAUGGAAGGCGGAUUAGAUUUCUCUUACGUACAGGGGAUGAACGUCCUCUCCGCCCCGUUCCUGUAUACCCUACCUACGCAGGUCGAAGCCUUUGCCUGUUUCUCGACCUUCAUCGAAACAUCCUGUCCGCAGUACGUGCAGAGGGAUCUUCGAGGCGUACAUCGCGGUUUGGAGCUGCUAGACAAGUGUCUCGAAGUGGCCGACCCUGAACUUUACGCACACUUGAGAUCGAAGAGUUUGUCCGCCGAAUUGUACGCUUUCCCAUCCGCCUUGACGCUCUGCGCUUGUACGCCCCCGCUUGAUCAGGUCCUCAAGCUAUGGGACUUUCUUCUUGCCUUUGGCGUCCAUCUGAAUAUCCUCUGCGUGAUCGCGCAGUUAUUGAUGAUGCGGCAAGAAUUGAUGGAAAGCCCUUCACCGAUGAAAUUGCUUCGUAUCUUCCCUCCCCUACAAGCCAACUCAAUCAUCGGGAUCACCCUCGCGCUGGCCAAAGAUCUCCCGGAAGACCUCUACAAGGAGCUUGUCCGGCAUCCCGUCAGUGGGUGAUCGACAAUAAUGCUAGCUCUGGGGAGCGCUCGGGAUGUCACAUUGCGACACAGCUGGGACCCCUUGACGAAGCAGGGAAAUGACGACCUCUUACGAUAUGCUUAUGACCAGUCAGAUUUGGAAUGUGAUGACACUUUAUGACUUUUAUUCGAAUACACUUUUGCAGUUAC